AUGGCUCUUGUUAAAGCCCAGAAAACAAAAGCUUACUUCAAGCACUACCAAGUCCCGUUUAAGAGAAGGAAAGAGGGAAAGACGGACUACCGAGCUAGGCUGAUUGCUGCUGAGAAGGUUCCUGUGGCCGCAGCUAAGAAAACCCCAGCUCCUGCAGCUGCUCAGCAGCAGCAAUCCAAGCCGGUGGCUAAGCUUCUUUCGAAGCCGCUCCCCUCAGCUCAAGCUGCGUUAAUGGGCGUUAGGGGUUUUUGUACUUCAAUGGUAUUUGGUGAGAAAGCAGCAAGUAAAAAUGGUAACAGUUCUCUUUAG